AUGUCGAGCUCGACGCAGACCCAAGGGCUCAGCAAGUACGUGACGCUUAUAUCAAGUGAUGGCUUCGAGUUCGUGGUUCUUCGCGAAGCAGCUUGCACAAGUGGCGCCAUCAAGAGGAUGUUAGAUCCGAAGAGUGGUUUCUCUGAGGCGACGACCGGCCGUUGUACGUUUGCUGAGAUCAAGUAUGUGAACCGAUUCUCUCUCCCUUUGGCAAAUAUGGAUCCGGGACCCAUUACGGAUAUCGGAGAUGGCAUCAUCCUCGAGAAGAUUGCAGAAUAUUUCUGCUACAAUUUCAAAAACCGAGAUAGAGAAGACGUUCCAGAUAUGGAGAUUCCACCAGAGCUGUGCCUAGAGCUGCUCAUGGCCGCAGACUACUUAGACACAUAA